CACUGUGUUCGCUUGACGUCUACAAAUAUGGAGGAGUAUGCCCGUGAGCCGUGCCCCUGGAGAAUAGUGGAUGACUGUGGAGGAGCUUUCACCAUGGGUGCAAUCGGAGGAGGUGUGUUCCAAGCAGUGAAGGGCUUUCGAAACGCCCCGGCUGGUGUUAGACACAGACUGAGAGGAAGUGCAAAUGCAGUGAGAGUAAGAGCGCCUCAGAUUGGAGGUAGCUUUGCGGUCUGGGGAGGCCUCUUUUCCACAAUCGACUGUGGUUUAGUUCGUCUGAGAGGAAAAGAGGAUCCUUGGAACUCUAUAACAAGUGGCGCCCUGACUGGGGCCAUCCUAGCAGCACGCAGUGGUCCGUUAACCAUGAUGGGCUCUGCGAUGAUGGGAGGAAUCCUCCUGGCUCUCAUCGAGGGUUUUGGUAUUCUCCUGACCAGAUACACAGCACAACAGUUUCAGAACCCUAUUCCGUUUGCAGACGACCCCAGUCAGCUCCCUCCAAAGGACGGAGACCAUCACCAGCAGCAGCAAGGUCCGAAGGGGCUGUUUCACUAGAUAACCUCUGCUAACUGUAGACACAGUGA